UUAAUGCAACCUAAAUAUAAAUAUUACCUUGAAUUUGCAUUAGCAUUAUAUUGCAAAUGGACCAUAAAUACUGGCCAAUGUACAAUCUCAUUUACGUAUCGGCUCUCGUCGAUAACGUUUCUAUUAGAACAGUUCAGUUGUAUUAUAUAUUAUUGCAUAUAACCGAUUAUACGCAAUAUGAGAUGUUUCGUGUAUGUUAUAUCAAUUCUCUCCAUAGCAACUACGAGUUUCGGAAAACUGCAUCUCGAUUACCAAUGGAAAUACAUUGAUCUUCUCUGGGAGAGUGACCAACAGAAACAGGAAGCGAUAGACACCGGAAGAUAUAAUGCUAGCCGAUACUUCUUGUACGACAUGGAUAAGGCCCCUGAUGGUAGAAUAUUUGUUACCUCGCUGAGAUUCGACGGAAUACCAGUUUCUGUAAUGACGGUAACUAAGAAACAGGGUGAAGGUGGUUUACUAUUGCGUCCGUAUCCAGAUUGGUCUUGGUAUAAAGAUGAUUGCAAAGGUAUUAGAGCUGGUUCUUGUCAAAUUCAGAUCAAGUGCAAUCAUUUGUUUAUUGUAGAUGAUGGUAAAAUUGGUGAUAAUCUCUCAUAUCACUGUCCAGCGCAGUUAUUGAUCUUCGAUUUAUCAACUGAUAAAUUAGUUAAACGUGUUGAAAUCCCAGACAACCUCAUUUCUGACAAAACUGGUUUUGGAUCAUUAUGUUCAAUUCAAGUUAUUGUUCCAGAUUGCAGAAAUGUGAAGGAUAAUGUAAUUGUACUGUUUGGAGAUCUUGAUCGUGGUGGUUUAGUGGUAUAUAAUGCACGUUCGUCGAAAAUGUGCAGAAUAGAAAAUGAAUUCAUGAAAAAUGCUAAUCCUAAUUUUGUGAUAGCAAAUCAGAGUUACCAUUUAUCAGGCAAUAUAUAUGGUAUGACAAUUAUUGGUAAAGAUUUAUAUUAUGCUAAUAUUGAGGGAAACAAAAUAUAUAAAACUGAAAUUUCGAAGCUAACAGAAUGUGAGAAAAACGAUAUUAAUCAGGCUAAUAAACAAACUCAAGUGAGGGUAUUGGAAGGUCAAACGUUAAGUUUAACAUCUGACAGAUGUGCAAUAUUUUUUAACGAUAUUACAAAAACGUCUAUUAAAUGCGCGGAUGUUACUAAUGGAACUAUUUCCAAGGAGAUACUUGUUGCACAUGAUCCAAUACAAUUGCAAUUCCCAAGUGGGACGAAGAUUAGAAAUGGCGAAUUGUUAAUUAUAUCAAAUAGAUAUCAUCUAUUUAUAUCUGAUUCAUAUAAUAUAAAUGAGAUAAAUUUCCGUAUACUAUCAAUUCCCAUUACGGAUAUAGAAAAGGACACAAAUUGUUUUUCUUCCUGUAACAACUAAGAAACUCACCUAGAAAUGAAAAUCCUUGUCAGUGAUAUAUUUGCAUCGAAAGCAAACUUGUAUUCAAACU